UUGAGUCCGGAGUCUCGGCGGGAUCUCUUGGAGCUGUCGAGGGUCUUUACUUCGAUGAACGGUUGCUGGAAUGAAACAAAAUGAAGAUUGAAAAGUAAUUACUGGGUGCAAAACGAAGGUCUUGGAGGUAUCUGGAAAUGUAAAAAUGAACGGGGCGGGACAGAGACAAAGGAGGCGGUCUUUGGAAAACAUCAACUUCUCUGCUAUUGGUUGGGGCCAAGCCUCUAGGAGGAAUCUGGAUGUGCAUGGGUGUGAACAACACUAUCUGCAUAAAAAGACACAGAAAUCCACAACAGGAUCAUCUGACAGAAAGCUGGGACAUCAGUCUGCAGAGGUUCUCCAACUCCAACUAACAGCUGUGGCUGAAAUCAAGGAUUUGGAAGCAUUUAUCGACCGCCAUUACUACAAACUGCAAAACGAGAAUCAAGAUUCAAGAUUCCUUUAUUGUUGUUUUGCUGACAUCAAGAAUGACAAGCCACUGCAGCUGCUGCCAAUCAAAAUGGAAAAGACAGAUUCAUCUCCAAACUUUGGUGACCAACAGACCACACAACCUCCGGCCGGCAUGUCCCGGGACAACGAGUCAUAUAUGAAUGAACCAAAUAAGAAUAAUCCAGUCUUCGAGCCCUCAACUGACGUCCCCAUAUUUAAGAUAGAUUUUGAGAAUAUUUUGAGCACACAGAGCAAAGAUUCAAUUCUGAUGAAGGAGCUUAAUGACCGCUUUGCCAACUACAUCGAAAAUAUCCGGUCUCUGGAGAAGCAGAACCAGAAACUGAUUGUGCAGAUUAAGCAAGCACAAUGCGAUAAGGAAAACCAACGUGAUUUACUGUCUGUCAAAGAGAGCAGCCUAUUUUUAGAGAAUGAGAAUCUGAAAAUUGACAACUCAACUUUGAAUCAGAAGAUCAUGGAGCUGGAGAGAAGGCUGACAAACGAGUCCAAUGGAAGACUUGAAGCUGAGGAGAGAAUUACGAAUUUGUUAGAAUCUACCACUUUAGAGUUCCAGAGUCUGCAGCAAAAAUACAGCAAACAGACGGAGGUGAUUUCUAACCUGGAGGUCCAGAUCAACAAAAAGACCCAGAACGAGGAGUACAGCAGAACAAAAUUAACAAACAAUGUUAGCACUACCUGCACUGGCGACACUACUGAUGGCGCCAAGAUUGACUUGAAUAAGAUAAGGGAGGAGAUUGAUGCCAUUGCUAAAAGAAAUGUUACCGAGAUUGAGAAGAUGUACAAGUCCAAGGAGGUGGAAUGGAAGAAGACAGAAAGUGAUAUAAAAACAGAACUCAUUAAAGUCAGCCGGGAGAAAGAAGAGUACUCACGCAAGAUUGAGCAAUACAAAUCUGAGAUCAAGUUUCUCAAGAUCGAAAACACCCAGAUUCAAGGCCUAAAGGUCCAGAUAGAGGAAAUAAAUAAAAUCCACCAGGAUGAAAUUUCAACAUUUCAGGAAUCCAUCAAAACCCUUGAAGGGAACAUGACAGUAAAGGAGGAGGAGAUAGAGUCUCGCUUUAACAAGUACAAAGAUCUGCAAAGUGCCAUGUUGAAGAUGCAAACAGAAAUUGCUGCCUACAAGCACCUACUAGAGGUUGAGGAGAGCAGAAUUAACCCAACCGUGCCAAACGAAUUCAACCCCCGUUCCGAAGAGGACGACGAGACAUCUGAGAAGAAGAAAGAGCCCCCAAGCGAUGACAUGACUGACCCAUCAGCAACAGAUGAGGACAGCAAACCUGAUACUGCGUCUGAUGACGACAAGGAUUAGGAGGGAGCAUGCAAAAUAACAGCAAGACAUCUGUCCCACAGUCACCAGGAGACGAAAAGGAAAUAAAUAUGUUCUUGUGGAGCAGUUCAGAGAAUGCGGAAUAUUAUUAAUAUUGCUUGGAUAAAGAUAAUGAAUCUCAAUAAUCAAGUCUUCCUUAUAACCGAUUGUGAUUUUGCCUGAUAGAUUUUCUUUCUUUUGCUGUUUUGGUGUUUGUUUCUUUGCUUGCUAGUGCUUUUAGCUGAAUGUGUCCAACAUGCAUGAAAUUCAAAAAGCAUUUCAGAUGACCUGCUUUGUGAAUCACACGUCCACAUUCUUGGGGAAAAAUGGGUUGACUCAAUUUCUAUUCCGGACUGUUUGGAUAUAUUUGUUUUAUUUCUUUAUCUUUUUAACACACGAGGGUGCUUUUAUGACAAAUUUAACCAUGCUUUCAACAUACAGAUGAAUUGUGUUUUUUUUAAGUCUUGUGAUGUUCUGAAGAAAAGAUGAAGGUCAAAAGUACCUAGUUACGUUGAAAGAACUAAUAACCAGUUGGUGUUUUGCAGAGCAGCUUUAACACAAACACACAUAAUGAUUGUAGGCAGAGGAACCAGCACUAUGUCGCUAGAAGGCUGCAGUCUACAGUCGUCCAUCCUGUCCUUUAACACACUUGCACACAUAUGGCCGCAGAAGAGGCAAGUCGAGUAGGUCUUUCAGGUUGUCGUCUCCAGAGAAUGGUUGAUGGUUGAAGACAAAAAGAUCCGAGAAGUUGGGGCCAGCCUGUGCUCCAAUGAAGGGAGAGCUAAAUCUGAACGCGGCCACUCCCCACCUUUUAAAACCAAUCCAUUGUAAUCUGUUUCUAUGUCAUUUGUGUUACAACACGCUGUUUGAGCAUUAUCCGUUUCUGGGAGGUUGGUUGCAGAUCACCAGCUGCAAUUCUCUGAACAGAAAUGUUCAAUGUACCUACUUAGCCUUGAAUCUUCAAAUAAAUAAGUCGUUUGUCUUCUAUCUCAAUAACA